GUCGCGGUCGGCUGAUCCCGCGGCCGUGCCGCGCUUUCUUUGGCCCCUUUCAGGGCGGGGGCUACCAGCCAACGGGCCACUUUUCUCCCUCCCAGGUGGAAUCAUAGACUAGAAAAGCAAAGCGGAUCUUGAGGGGCUGGGAAGGCGUCUAACCGCCCUUCGGCGAAGCGGACCUCACCCUGAGAUCGGUGGCCGAGCGCGGCGGCUGGGAACCCGGUCCUUUUCCUCCCUUUGAUGCAAGAGAGAAAGGCGCGUUGGUUUCCCCUAUAGAGACGCCCCUCCCGCGAGACAGGUCCAAGAGGAUGGCCAAGGGCAACAUCACCAGACGGCUUUGGAAGGUCAUUUGGUUUGCUGUCAUCACCAUCUGCGUCAGCCUACAGACAAGAGCAGAGCAGUUACAAGAUGCCUACUUCUUGCCCGAAUUUGUACUUUCCCCACAAGGAAGCUUUUUAGAAGACACCACAGGAGAGCAGUUCCUUACUUACCGCUAUGAUGAUCAGACCUCAAGAAUCACCCAGUCGAAUGAAGAUAAAGAAGGUGGCUGGGAUGCCUGGGGUGCAUGGAGUGAUUGCUCACGUACCUGUGGAGGAGGUGCAUCCUACUCACUAAGGAGAUGUUUGAAUGGCAGGAACUGUGAAGGCAGAAAUAUCCGAUAUAAAACCUGCAGCAAUAAUGACUGCCCUGCAGACUCUGGUGAUUUCCGGGCCCAGCAGUGUUCAGCCUACAACGAUGUCAAAUACCAAGGCCAUUUUUAUGAAUGGAUCCCUGUCUUUGAAGACUCCGGCUCUCCGUGUGCCUUGAAGUGCCAAGCUUUGGGGAAACCUUUGAUAGUUGAGCUUGCUCCCAAAGUUCUGGAUGGUACCCGUUGUAAUCCCAAAUCCUUGGAUAUGUGCAUCAGUGGAAUAUGUCAGGCCGUAGGCUGUGAUCGGCAGCUUGGGAGUCACGCCAAAGAAGACAACUGUGGGGUCUGUUCAGGAGAUGGUGCCACAUGCAGACUGGUGAGAGGGCAAGCUAAGACGCACGUUUCCUCGGAAAAAAGGGAGGAAACCAUGAUUGCUGUUCCACAUGGAAGUCACAGUGCAAGAAUUACUGUAAAAGGACCAGCGCACCUUGUGAUUGAAUCAAAGACGCUGCAGGGAGACACUGGAGAACACAGCUUUAAUGCCCCUGGAAUGUACAUCAUUGAAAACACAACAGUCGAAUUUCAGAAGGGCUCAGAGAGAGAAACAAUAAAAAUCCCAGGGCCUCUUGGUGCAGAUUUCAUUAUCAAGGCCAGGUAUACCGCUCCCAAAGACAGCGUGGUUCAGUUCUUCUUCUAUCAACCCAUAAGUCAUCAGUGGAGACAGACAGAAUUCUUCCCUUGCACCGUGACAUGUGGAGGAGGUUAUCAGCUGAACUCUGCGGAGUGUGUGGAUAUCCGUUCAAAGCGGGUGGUACCAGAUCAGUAUUGCCAGUAUUAUCCUGAAAACAAGAAACCCAAACCAAAGCUGAAGGAAUGUAACAUGGAUCCCUGUCCUUCAAGGUUUGUAUUCCAAU